CCUUCAAAUCUUAUAAUAGCAUAAUCAAACAAUCAGAAAAUGGAUAAUGUUUUCUUGAUCAUUUUCUCUAUAUUUUUCAUUCUCCAAUAUGUUCGGGGAUUCGACUUUGAAGAAAGGGAAUUGCAGAGCGAGGCGAGCUUGGAUCAGCUCUAUGAGAGGUGGAUGAAACACUACUCAGUUGAAAGGAUCCCUGGUAGUAUUGAGAGGGGGGAGAGGUUCAACGUUUUCAAAGAUACUGUGAUGUUUGUCCACGAGACCAAGAAUAUACCUUACAACCUUAAACUUAACAAGUUCGCCGACAUGACAUUCAAAGAGUUUUCAAACAUCUACGCUAAUUGUAAUUCCGGCUAUGAUAAGGAAGCGUCUCCAAAUGCAUCGGGACGGUUUAUGUAUGAGAACGUGACUCAACUCUCCGACUCGUUUGAUUGGAGAGAGGAAGGCGCCGUUUCUCCAGUCAAGGAUCAAAAGGAAUGUUCCGUAGAGGGAAUCAGUCAGAUCAAAACGAAAACGCCCAUCAUCCCGCUGUCCGCACAAGAACUAGUAGACUGUGUAACUAAUAAAAAAAAUGGUUGUGAGGGCGGUUUCAUGGACAGGGCAUUCGAUUUUAUCACGAGGAACGGUGGAAUCACCACUGAGCAAAACUAUCCCUACAAAGGUCUAGAUGAAAAUUGCCAGACACCAAAGAAAAGUGAUGCAACGAUUGAUUGGUAUGAGGAAGUUCCCAAAAACGAAGAUGCGCUUCUGAAGGCUGUUGCGAACCAACCUGUAUCUGUCGCAAUUGAUGCUGACAACCCAGACUUCAUGACAUAUACUGGGGGAGUAUAUAACGGGACAUGCGGAAAAAAUUUAAGCCACGCCAUGACUGUGGUCGGAUAUGGGUCUGACUCAAACCAAACCAAGUUUUGGAUUGUGAAAAACUCAUACGGAGUCGGAUGGGGAGAAGCAGGCUACAUAAGGAUGGAGCGUGGAAUCAAAGAUCAUGAAGGGCUAUGCGGUAUUGCAAUGGACGCCUGGUAUCCAAUCAAAUAUAAAUUUCGUAAUCCCUUUGCAUCGAUAGACGAAGACCAUGUCAAAGAUGAGCUCUAGAUAUUAAUUUAUAAAUUAAUUCUUAUCGAUUCAUCUUCGCAUCAAAUCUCAAGUUUAUGAAUUAAUGUCUGGAUUUGUAAAAUAUAAUAAAAACCAUGUGUGUGGCUUUUGUAAGUUAUGAAAUUGAAUCGUGUGAUAUUAUUUGUUGAAUGAUGAAAACUCUAUUCUGCUAUGUUAUCAUAUCUAGUAUAUCAAUAUAUUUAUGUUUUAAGC